AUGUCCGAACCAAGUGAGACCGGAGGCCUCCCAUUGGACUUGAACGCACACCAGCAACAGCAACCUACAGGCAGCACCAUUCAUCAACAAUCACCACCUCGUGUCGACUACCGCAAGACAUCACAGUCAUCUAACGAUCUACCCAAAGCAUCCAAGGCUGCCAGCCCUCGCCGUCGUCCUGGAACUACCAAACAAGCGCCGUCCGGCCCCCACACCGGAUCCUCCCGCUCUGAAGAACAGCCAGGCUUGAGCCCUACCAACAUGUCAUCUCACAACAACAUCCAUUACACCAGGACUGGGCGUAUCAGUAAAGCAAAGAAGGGACUUAAAGUUCAUAACUGCGAGAACUGUGGAAGAGAAGAUGCGCUUAUCUGCCAAGUCCCUGGAUGCGGCAAGACCUUCGUCCGUGUUGAUCUUCUCCAAAGACAUCAGGAGCGACAGUACGCGGAAUCUAGAGUGGCCUCGACAGCCGUACUGACUUCCAACAGCAACGAGCCUGCGAGAGACUCUCCUGAGCAAAGUCCAGAAGGCUCACCAGAGCCCACAUCCAUGUCUUUGCCCGCUCUCGAGCAGCCUAUGAUGGAAAUGACAACCAACUCCGCAAGCACAUCCUUUUACGAGACCGUAUCUCCCGUGCAGGAGACGGCGCCAUUUACAAGCCCCAAGGUACUCCUCCUCGAGUGGGUACGCAUCGCCGAUCGCAUCGACCGACUUCUCCGUGUUUGGCAACCCGUCCUAUCGAGCGCGCACGCCCUCGAACGCAUCCAUGAUGGACCCAUCCUGGGGAUACCCAUCGCGGUCGCCGGCCUCGACCACCUCAACGAUGGCAUACCCAUGGGGUUCGAACGACAAGGGAUCAACAGCCCCUAA